AUGAAGACGUUUUCGGUCGUUGUAUUGUGCACCUUCUUCGCCGCCGUGAGCGUUACGGCGCAGAUAUCGAUGGAGGAGUUGACCGCAAUCACGGAGGAUUAUCGGGUGCGCUUUGACGCGUUGCACGAGGACAAGGACGAGUUCCUCCGCUUCGCGCGCGUUCUUAUUCGCGCUGAGCUGCACGGACUGAACGAGGCCACUUUGGUUAACUUGGGCGAAGCGAGAAACGAAAUCGACGAGCUGUUGACAGAAAUACGCACUGACAUUGCCAACGCCAUAAUUCAGCCGAACGCCAACGAACAGUGCCUGCUGAAUUUGGUCAACACCGUCCUUGCCGAGGGUCGUACCGCGGGCGCUGGGAUGAGCAGUUGUGCGGCGGAUAAGAUCGCCAUCAAGGAAGGACUCGGUGACGAGUUCCGCACGCUGACCAACACAUUGCAGCGGCUUGCGCAGGCUACCUCCGAGUACUCUUUAUACACGUUUGCCAUCCACGACUCGUUCAACAAUCCGCAAUCGCAUGUCGAUUGGCUGGAAGCGCAAUAUGAAAACCAGGUGGAGUUCUGGGAAAAUGUGGCCCGCCCGGAAGCGCAGGAUGACCUGGACUACAUGGAAGCGAACCGACCUACGUUGGUCGCCGAGAACCGUGUCUGUCUGGAUGGAGUAGUUUCGCGCCUGAACGCGGUGCUGGUCGGCGUGCGGCUACAGAUUAACCUUUGCUAG